UUGCUGUAAUUUGUACGGUAAAUUGAUGUAAAUUUUAACAGUAAGAUACUGUAAUGAUGAUUUUACAGUAAUUUGCCGUAUUAUUCAGGCGGUUCACGGUAAUUUACAGCAAUCAUUCGAGUUCUUUUUUUGGGAGAUCAACUUUACAGUAAUUUACUGUAAUUGAGCACGCGAAAUGCAUUCUGGGAUACAACACGUCACACGCGCAUGCGCCUCUUACUCGGCGCGGAGCAUAAAUUCUUGCAAAAUUUCGAGUGUCAGAUCGAUAAGAAGUGCCGUCGGAACUGCUGUUGUUUUGAAUUCAACUUUACGUCUCCGGUCAAGUACACAUUCCCUGUACUUCUCGUGGAAGCUGCGGCUGCAAAAGAUGAUGCAAACCUGCAUGAUGUAGCAUCUGGUGUGCUGAGAGGGUUGCAGAGCCUGUUUAAAGAAGGGAAUGACUCCCUUUUCCUCAUCCGUGAUGUUACAGAUACUGCUGAGGACAUGGAGAAAGAGGGAGAUGCAUCUGAUUCACCCAAACUCAUAAUCCAAGGUGCAUGACAACUUCCAGUGUUUUUAAUCAAACCUCUUAGAAUAAUAUAAUACAGACAUUUAAAACAUUCUCAGAUUUAGGUUUAGACUAAAUCUGUACAGACAUGUACGUUUAUUUUGUGUCAA